AUGGCCCAACCAAAGUCCAGAGUGCCGUUGUUCGCCGGCCUGGUCGCUGCGGGAGGUGUUGGCUACUACCUCUACAAAGCCGGCGGCAACCCCAAGGUCGCAGAGAAGCAGGUCGAGGGCAUGUUACACCCACUAUCAGAUCCCGAUCUCUCCCGCGCCAGCGCGAAGAUCAAGUCUGAGAUCCCCGGUCGCGCCCAUGAGGCGCAGAAGGAGGGCGAGAAGUGGGCAUCCCAAGCUGGAGCAAAGCUUGACUCUGCUGUCGAGAAGAGCAAGGCGGAGCUGUCCAAGGCCGAAGGGAAAUUCGAGGCCUACCGGAAGGACCUCGGCGCUGAGGCCAUGAAGAAGAUCGAUGCCGCGGAUGCAAAAAUCGAGCAGGAGGCUGCGAAGGCUAAGAGCGGUAUCUCGAGCUGGUUUGGAGGAAAGUAA